GGGAGGUGCAUGAGCAGCAGACACAGGAGUCCAGAGAGGGACAGAACUUUCCCCUGAGUCUUUCCACAGCUGCCUGGUUACCAAGAUGAAGGCCGCGCUGCUGCUGCUGCUGUUAGUCACUCUCGUCAGCGUCCAAAGUGUAGCCGGAGGGAAGAACAAGAAAGAGAAAAACAAACCCCCCAAGUCCGGAUCAGCAUGCACCGACUGGCGCUAUGGCAACUGUGUCCCUAGCAACGGAGACUGUGGAACGGGGUUUAGAGAGGGGUCAUGUGACCAGCAGAACAAGACCAUGAAAUGUAGAGUACCGUGCAACUGGAAAAAAGAAUUCGGAGCUGACUGCAAGUAUCGCUUUGCCAGUUGGGGAGCGUGCGAUCCAAACUCUGGCUCGCGGACCAGGAUGGGGACCCUGAAGAAGGCUCUGUUUAACGUGGAGUGUCAACAGACCAUUUCUGUCUCCAAACCCUGCACUGGGAAAACCAAGACAAAAAGCAAAGGAAAGAAGAGAAAAGGCAAGAGCAACUAGAGAAGAGUCCCCACGGAAAGAGUCUUCGCAGUCAAAGAACAGUAAUGGUCUGAACCAGCUGACAGUUGCACAGUGACCCCAACACUUAUAAUUGUUGCCUGAUUCCCAUAGACACACUUUUAUACCCAAGUUUCCUCAACUAUGACAAACACAUGAUGUUUGUUUUUCAAAAGAAUCUGUAAUGCACUUCAUCUCUAUAGGACUAAUACAGUGAGCAACCAGCCAACACAGCUGCUUCCAAAUCAAAGUGAAUUUGGAAUAUUCAGAUUACACUUAUACUAAAAGGACCCCCCGUUAAGGUGUUCUCUCUAUGUGACCCAACAUCACUCCAAAAACCUUUUCUGGGCAUCCACUCCACCAUAGCUUCACUGGGAAUGUGAGCUAUUUCAACUCCCAGUUGUCUCAGCCGGUCUGAAUCAUUUUGUUUCUUAUUCUUGGAUGUGUCAGCAGCAUCCACACAUAAACUUGUUUACUUUGUGUUUCAUUCUGUCCCAAUAAAAGCAGCCAUCCGUUUCAAUGAUCCUAAUCACCAUGGUUACUUGUAAAUGAAAGUGCAUUUGGAAUAUCAUCUUAUAAAAAAAUGUUUGCCUUAGGACACACAAAGCCCCACGUUAUACAUUUAUUUCACUUUGAACAUUUUCCUUUGUUUACCUUGUUCACCUUCCACUGUAGUAUAGAGGUUCCAUUUCUCUUGUAGGUAUGAUGCAACAGUAUUAUUUCAACUUUCUUUUUCUUUAUUAAAAUUUCACAACACGGUG